CCGUCUAUCGCUUUGUCCCGGUGGUUUUCCCGCCGACCCGCUCGCUUGCCCGGCCCUUCCCGAAGUAACGCGCCGUCCGUCGGUCCGACUCGUCGCCAUUCGUUUUUCGCGCGUUCCACCGUUCGGUCUACUAUCGUUCCUCGGUUCGUCUUUUGUACGUUCCUCUGCCGUCGUCGUCGUCUCCACCUCUCGCCGAGUCGCCCACGUGUACGGGGAUUUUGCCGUUCGUCACAUCGCGCGGCAUUUCAGGCCGGCUUCGACUUUCACCCGUCCAAUAUUUAUGUUCAGAAAUAAAUUGGCACCUAUUAAAUCUUACAAAUCACCUUAAAGUUGAACCAAAACCAAUAAAAGAUCAAAGCCAUUAAUAUUAAUAAAAUUAUAAUGGGUAUUGAUAGUAAUAAGGAAAGUGAUGUAUGUUGUGAAUUUUGUCAACAAACAAAAACGGAAAAUGUGGUCAUACCUCCUGAUGCAGAAAUUGAGUGUGUUGCACUAACAAACGAAGUUUUGACCAAUAUUGAUACAGACGAUUCGAAUAUUGUACAGCACACUAUAACUAAUUAUAGUAUUUAUGAUGAAAAUUUUCAUUUGUGCUCAAUAGAUUCAGGAAUGAUGGAGAGAGAUAUUCCAUUGUACUUAACUGGCCUUAUAAAACCAAUCCAUGACUUUAGUUCGGGUACAGAAAAUGGAAUUGCAGUGAAGUUGUUGGGGCCUAUAUUGGAAUGGUGGCUAACAACAUAUGAUGGUGGUUCCGAGCAGACAUUAAUAGGUAUAUCAACAGAAUAUGCUGAAUAUUUAUUAAUUGAACCACACUGUGAUUAUAAGAAGUAUAUAAAGUCUGUAACUGAAAAAAUUAAUUUAAGUUCAAAAGUAAUUUCAUAUAUGUUAAAUAGUGAUUAUGAUGAUCCAACUUAUGAAGAUAUUCUAAGUUAUGUAGUAAACUCAUUAAAUCCUGCAACUGGAAAUAAAUUCAGCGAAGAAGAUCUUAUUACUUAUGCUCAGUUUGUUAUUGAUCAAGUAGAAGACUAUGAUUCAAAUAAUAAAUAUAUUUUACCAUUAACUGAUACACAAUUUAUUGAAACAUUAAGUCAACUUUCAGGAGCGGCAAAAUCUGUUAAACCUCCAUCCAGAAGAUCACGAAGAGCUAGAAAUCAAACUAGUGGUGUAAGGACUAAUAUAAGUAAGCGGGAGUUUACUAAAGCUACUACCACAGAAUUAGUAAAAGACAUAUUUGAAAAUAUGUUUGCUGCUCAAUUAGAAAUUGAUGAUAAGGAAAACCAUGAAGUAGAAAAAGAUCUUAUUAAAACUAUGUUUGAUAAUGACAAUUGUGUCGACAGUAAAUCAGCUAAACAAACGUGUUCUGGUAUAAAUGAUAUUGAUGGAAAUCAAGUGAGGUGGAAAAAUCAUAAACUGAGUGAAAAAAUGUUUGUAGUCGUGAAAAAACAUGUCCUGGCGGAACCAAUGAUUGGUUGUAUAGAAUAUUUCUUUAAAACAAAUCUUAAAGAUAGAGCUCACCUCAGCUUAUUCAUUCAUGGUUAUGAAACAAUUCUUGGUGAAACAUCAGACCCUCAAGAAAUAUUUGCUAUUAAAAAAUGUCUUAACAUUGACAUUAAUGAUAUAGUUAAAAUAUUAGAUGUCACACAAAAAAUACCCAGUGCUAAUUGGUUCAAUCUUGGUGGCUCUAAGUUACAAGAUCUUUUGGAACCUGUUAAUCGUAACAGUAAAAAUUCAUUUUUUUAUCAAUUCUACUAUGAUGAAGAAUUUGGACGUUUGGAAUAUCCAAAACCAGAAAAUCAAAUUAAUAAAAAUAAAAAUAUAAAAAACUGUCAAAACUGUCAAAUUAAAGAAUUAGAAAAAAAAUCUAAAAUACCUGAACCACUUGAAUUCAUUGAAAAAUCUAACGGUAUAUCAUAUUUUUAUAAAUUCAAAUUGCACAAUGUAGAAUAUAAAAUAGGAAGUUUUAUUUACUUACCACCCAAUAUAUUUUCAACAAGUCAAAGGGCAAAUUUAUUAGAAGUAAAACCAUUUGACCAUAAAAAAUCAAACACAAUUAGUAGUAAUGAAAUACAGAUUAACGUUGAUGAAAGUAAGUAUCCAGAAUAUUACCGUAAGAAGUUAGAAUAUUCAAUGCGUGGUUCCAAUGAAAAUACUCCCAAUCCUUUUGAAAUAGCAGAAAUAAUAGCAGUUUAUGUUGUUGAAGGGGAUGAAUCAAACGUCAAGCUUUUGGUACAGCGAAUGUAUAGAGCUGAACAAAUUCCUUUAGAAAAUAACAAAAAUAAUAUUGAUAUGAAUAUGUUAUAUUGGUCAGAAGAACAAUUUAGGGUCCAAUGUAAUCAAGUAUUCGGUAAAUGUUAUGUUUCUUUCAUUAGUAAUAUUCUAGACACUACUGCUUGGUAUCUUGGUGGACCAGAUCGAUUUUACUUCGCUAAAAAAUAUGAUUUUGCUACUGGUUCUCUUAUCCCAGAGCAUCAACUUCCAAGUACAGCAAAACUGAUAGGAAAAGAAGUAGGUCCCAACAUGAAACAUGCAUUUGUAAUGGAAGAUAAAUUGCAAUAUAUUCCAGAGUAUAAAAAAAUCAAACCAUUGAGAGGUUUAGAUAUAUUUGCCGGUUGUGGAGGCUUAUCAAAAGGCUUAGAAGAUAGUGGUCUUGUUGUAACCAAGUGGGCUAUAGAAUCUGAUGAUAAAGCUGCCGCUGCAUUUAAAUUAAACAAUCCAGACUCAACAGUGUUCAAUGAUGACUGUAAUCUUUUGUUGAAAUUGGCCAUGUCUGGUAAAAAAAAGAAUGAUAAAAAUCAAAUGAUUCCACAAAAAGGUGAAGUUGAUUUUAUUUGUGGAGGACCUCCCUGUCAAGGGUUUAGUGGUAUGAAUCGGUUUAGUUCUGGUCAGUAUUCAUUUUUUAAGAACUGUCUUGUUGUAACAUUUUUAUCAUUCCUUGAUUUUUAUCGACCAAAAUUCUUUAUUCUGGAAAAUGUUAGAAAUUUUGCAUCUUUCAAAAGAAGCAUGGUUCUUAAACUAACUCUGAGAUGUAUUACACGCAUGGGCUAUCAAUGUACAUUUGGUAUUCUUCAAGCUGGUAAUUUUGGUGUGCCUCAAACCAGAAGAAGAUUAAUUAUUAUCGCAGCAGCACCUGGCGAAGAGUUACCAUUAUAUCCAGAGCCCAUUCAUGUAUUCAGCAAAAGAAGUUCUAGCUUGAAUAUUCAAGUUGAUGAUAAAAAAUUUAAAACUAAUUGCAAGUAUGAAGAAUCAGCUCCGAUGAGAACAGUUACUGUUCAUGAUGCUUGGUCUGAUCUGCCUAAGAUAUUAAAUGGAGCAUAUUAUGAAAAAAUUUCAUACAAAAACAAACCCAUCACACACUUACAAAAGUUAUUUAGAUACCCAAAUAAUUGUUUUCCUGAAUCUAUAUUGAUUGAUCAUAUCUGUAAGGACAUGUCACCAUUAGUACAAGCAAGAAUAGAAUUAAUUCCAGUGAAUCUAGGCAGUGAUUGGAGAGACUUACCCAACAUAAAAGUUCAGUUGUCAGAUGGAACUAUGACAAAUAAACUUGUGUACAAUCAUAAUGAUUUGAAGAAUGGCAAAGGUAAACAUAAUGCGCUUCGUGGUGUUUGUUCUUGUGCUAGCGGUAAUGAAUGUAACCCACAGGAUCGUCAAAACAAUACAAUUAUCCCAUGGUGUUUACCACAUACUGCGAAUAGGCAUAACAACUGGGCAGGUUUAUAUGGCCGGAUUGCAUGGACAGGUUUUUGUUCAACUACGAUUACAAAUCCUGAACCAAUGGGAAAACAAGGCAGGGUGCUUCAUCCUGAUCAGAACCGUGUUGUUAGUGUAAGAGAAUGUGCUCGGUCUCAAGGUUUCAAAGACUCUUUUAAAUUCUAUGGGCCGAUCGUUAACAAACAUCGACAGAUUGGUAAUGCAGUUCCUCCUCCAAUGGGUAAAGCUAUUGGACUUGAAAUCGUUAAAGUUCUUCAUAAUAAAUCUGAAUAUUUGGAAAAUGAUAUAAAAGAAAAUAAAUAGACAAAUAGGCUAUUUAUAUAAUUUUUUUGUAGAUAU